CCGCCCCCGUGGCUGAAGGAGGCACAAAGAAGUGGCCCAGCACCGUGGGCACUUCGGCGACUGGGCUGCAGGUCUGACGGCUGAACGGCUGCCGAGAGGAGGCGGAGGAGCCGGCCCGGAGCGGCGGCCCCCCGCCGAGAUGCCUGUGCGCGGAGAGCGUGGGUUUCCGCCGCGGCGGGAGCUGUCAGGCUGGCACCGCGCGCCAGCAAUGGAGGAACUGAAAUGGGAACAGUACACGGUGACCCUGCAGAAGGUGGUAAAGCGGCCACGGGUAGUCCAGGUGGCCCCGCUGCAGGGCAGCCCUGCCCUCAGUCACGAUGACCGGGCCUUUGAUGUGAUGGAUGAGUUCGAUAGCAGGAGUUACCGCAGUGGGUACAGCGAGAGGAGCCGGCACAGCAGCCGUGAAGAGUUUAACCGCAGCUGGGAAGGCAGCCUGGAUCGGAGCCGAGCCCACCACCGAUACCAGGACCAGGACCGCAGCCGUGGCCGGAGCCUGGAGCGUGGCCUGGACUAUGAGGAUCGCCGUGCUCGGGACCGCAGCCGCGGCCGGAGCAUAGACGGGGACUACGAGCGGGACUACGAGAGGGACUACGAUCGCGCCUACCACCAGGCCUAUGGGCCAGACAGCCCAUCUGCGGAGAGUCGCCGCCGGGCCCAGCCGGAGCCCCGCUACGAGCGCCCCAGGAGCAGGAGCCAGGAGCACUUCCAUAAGCGGAGCCCCAGCCCGGAGCCCCGAGGCCAGCCUGAAUCCGAUAGGCACAUCGGGGUCCUCCUGACGAAGAGCAAAGCCAGUGAAGAGUAUGGUCUCCGGCUGGGCAGUCAGAUCUUCAUCAAGGAAAUGACCAAAACAGGUCUGGCAUCUAAGGAUGGCAAUCUUCAUGAAGGGGACCUGAUCCUCAAGAUCAAUGGGACCGUCACUGAGAACAUGUCAUUAAUCGAUGCCGGGAAGUUGAUAGAGAAGUCUCGAGGAAAACUCCAGCUUGUUGUGUUCAGAGACAGCAAGCAGACGCUCAUCAAUAUCCCAUCGCUCAAUGACAGCGACUCAGAAUUGGAAGAUAUCUCAGAAAUGGACUCAGUCCGGUCAUUUUCUCCAGAGGAGAGACGCCAGCAGUAUUCUGACUAUGAUUACCACUCCUCCAAUGAGAAGCUGAAGGAGAGGCCGAGCUCGAGAGAGGACGCGCCGCCGGGCAGACUGUCCAGGAUGGGGGCCACCCCCACUCCAUUCAAGGCCUCGGGGGAAGGUGUAGCUGCUGUGGUCACAGAGACCAAAAAGGAGCCCCGAGCCCAAGAGGAACCCCCAGCUCCUGUACCCAGAGCAACCCCAAGAACUUUCCUCCGUCCUAGUCCUGAAGAUGAAGCAAUAUAUGGCCCUGACACCAAGAUGGUAAAGUUCAAGAAAGGAGACAGCGUGGGCCUGCGACUGGCCGGUGGCAAUGACGUUGGGCUGUUUGUUGCUGGCAUUCAAGAGGGCACCGCGGCGGAGCAGGCGGGCCUGCAGGAAGGAGACCAGAUCCUGAAGGUGAAUACACAGGACUUCCGAGGACUGGUUCGGGAAGAUGCCGUACUCUACCUGCUGGAAAUCCCCAAAGGUGAAAUGGUGACCAUCCUAGUCCAGAGCCGCGCUGACGUGUACAGAGACAUCCUGGCCUGUGGCAGAGGGGAUUCAUUUUUUAUCAGAGCCCACUUUGAGUGUGAGAAGGAAACUCCACAGAGCCUGGCUUUUACCCGUGGAGAGGUCUUCCGCGUGGUGGACACGCUGUAUGAUGGCAAGCUGGGCCACUGGCUGGCUGUGAGGAUCGGGAAUGAGCUGGAGAAAGGCUUGAUCCCCAACAAAAGCAGAGCUGAGCAGAUGGCCAGUGUCCAGAAUGGCCAGCGGGACAAUGCCGGGGACAGGGCAGACUUCUGGAGAAUGCGUGGUCAGAGAUCUGGGGCGAAGAAGAACCUGAGGAAGAGCCGAGAAGACCUGACAGCUGCUGUGUCCGUGAGCACCAAGUUCCCAGCGUAUGAAAGGGUUCUGCUGAGAGAAGCUGGUUUCAAGAGACCUGUGGUGUUAUUUGGCCCCAUCGCAGAUAUAGCAAUGGAGAAGUUGACAAAUGAGUUGCCUGACUUGUUUCAAACAGCUAAAACAGAACCAAAAGAUGCAGGAUCUGAGAAAUCUGCUGGAGUAGUUCGGUUAAAUACCGUGAGGCAAAUUAUUGAGCAGGAUAAGCACGCGCUGCUGGACGUGACUCCGAAGGCUGUGGACCUGUUGAAUUACACCCAGUGGUUCCCAAUUGUAAUAUUUUUCAACCCAGACUCUAGACAGGGUGUUAAAAUCAUGAGACAGAGGUUGAAUCCGUCGUCCAACAAAAGUUCUCGAAAGUUAUACGAUCAAGCCAACAAACUCAAGAAAACCUGCACACAUCUCUUUACAGCUACAAUCAACCUAAAUUCAGCCAACGAUAGCUGGUUUGGCAGCUUGAAAGACACCAUUCAAAAUCAGCAAGGGCAAGCGGUGUGGGUGUCCGAAGGAAAGAUUGAAGGGAUGGAUGAUGACCCUGACGACCACAUGUCCUACUUAACCGCCUUGGGCGCAGACUAUCUGAGUUGCGACAGCCGCCUCAUCAGUGACUUUGAAGACACCGACGGCGAAGGAGGUGCCUACACUGACAAUGAGCUGGAUGAGCCGGCUGAGGAGCCGCUGGUGUCGUCCAUCACCCGUUCCUCGGAGCCGGUGCAGCAUGAGGAGAGCAUAAGGAAACUCAGCCCAGAGCCACCAGCUCAGAUGAGGAGGGCUGCUAGCAGAGAUCAACUUAGGGACAGUAGCCCACCCCCAGCAUUCAAGCCAGAGCCACCCAAGACAAAAGCCCAGAACAAAGAAGAAUCCUGUGACUUCUCCAAAUCCCAGGAAUACAAGUCAAACCCCUCUCUCAUGGGAGGUGAUGAAAUUCCCAGGACAGCUGCCAGAGGUGGUCCUCCACCUGUUGCUGCGAAACCCUCCUUCGGACGAUCCAUCCAGAAGCCCUCCAUUCCUGUCCCUCCCCCUGAGAGUGAGGAGGUCGGGGAGAGCAUCGAGGAGCCAGAGGACGCUCCCAAGUCAGUCCUGGGCAAAGUGAAAAUAUUUGAGAAGAUGGAUCAUAAGGCAAGACUACAGAGGAUGCAGGAGCUCCAGGAAGCGCAGGAAGCACAGAUUGAAAUUGCUCAGAAACAUCCUAGUCUCUAUGCUGUUCCAAUCAAAACCCCCAAGCCAGAUGCCGGCCUGCCACCACACAUAAGUUCCAGACUCCCCGAGCCACAGAAAGGCCCCUCCAGAUUCGCUCCGAACGUGCAAGGAGGUUAUGGAAGCGACGCAGAGGAGGAGGAGUACCGCCAGCAGCUGGCAGAACACUCGAAGCGCAGUUACUUUGGCCAGCCCUCCAGGUACCGCGACACUGAACUGUAGGAUCUGGACAUGGACUCUUCCAGGCCCCUCGGAUGCUCCUGCGAGGGCAUUGGGAUCAUUCUGUAGCAGACGUGCACUGCGUGUGGUGGACGCCAAAAUCGGGUUCUCCUGGGGACCCCAGGUGCCAGCCAACGUAUAAGAACUAAGACUGGGGCCAGGGAUAUAGCUCAGUUGUACAAGUACCUACCUGGCAAGUGCAAGGUCCUGAGUUCGAUGCCCAGUACAAAAAAAAACCCACCUAAGACUGUUUGUGAAACCACGGUAGAGAAGUAUAUUAUGGCUUUGUGCUCAGAAUUGAGAAAAACACUGCAGUCCCAAGCUGUUACUUCAGUGAACCAAAAUCUGUAUUAAUGUUGUUGGUGUGUUUUAAUAUGUAUAUUAAGCAAUAACUCAAGGACAGCUUCAGUGUGAGGCUGAAUGUGAAAAAAAAAGAAAAUACACUGUUGAACUCAAACUAAAUUUAAAGUAUUUUGCUCUCUAAAGUGCCUUUGAUAAGAACUGUCUUAAAUUCUCCUUUAAAGCUUUAUGCAAAGCCAUAAUGGACUAAAACUUUAUCUUGGCUACAUUUUUUAUACCAGUUUAGCAGCUGUGGUUUUCCUCUGCACUGUGUCAUCUUUUCAGUGUUCAUCUUUGUAAUAUUUUCUAUAAAUUCUGAUUGUACAUAUAAUAGCUAUACUUGGUAAUUUGGCUGUCAAAUGCCAAAUAGCUUGAAGGCUAACAAGUUGGGAUGGACCUUACUUGUUUAGAAUCAUGUACUGCACAAAAGACAGUUGAUAAGAACAUUUUAUUUCCACGAGUUUGUGUAUCGAUGGCCGUCAUUUUUAUAAUUUAAUAAAAAGAAAGAAUACAUUGUGAUCAA